GCAACAUGGCAGCAGCCAUGGAAACUGAACAGCCGGGCCUUGAAAUCUUUGAAACUGUGGGCCGUGAGGAGCAGGUCCAGAGAGAGGAGCAGCCAAAACUGGAACCUUUCUAUGUAGAGAGACAUUCCUGGAGCCAGCUUCGGAAACUUCUCACAGAUACGCGGAAGUAUCAUGGGUACAUGAUGGCAAAAGCCCCUCAUGACUUCACGUUUGUGAAGAAAAAUGAUCCUGAAGGACCUCAUUCCGAUAGGAUCUACUAUCUGGCAAUGUCUGGAGAGAACAGGGAGAACACGCUCUUCUACUCUGAAAUUCCCAAAACCAUAAACAAAGCUGCUGUCCUGUUGCUUUCCUGGAAGCCCCUCUUGGAUCUUUUUCCGGCCAUCCUGGACUAUGGGAUGUACUCUCGUGAAGAGGAGUUGCUACGGGAGAGGAAGCGAAUUGGUACCAUUGGGAUUGCCUCUUACGAUUACCACCGGGAAAGCGGCACCUUUCUGUUUCAGGCUGGGAGUGGAAUUUACCACGUAAAAGAUGGAGGCCCUCAUGGAUUCACUCAACAGCCUUUAAGACCCAUUCUGGUAGAGACCAGCUGUCCAAAUAUCCGUAUGGAUCCCAAGCUUUGUCCAGCUGAUCCAAAUUGGAUUGCAUUUAUCCAUAGCAAUGACAUCUGGAUAUCUAAUAUAGAAACCAGAGAAGAAAGGAGGCUAACAUUUGUGCACAAUGAACUGGCCAAUGUUGAGGAGGAUCCCAAGUCUGCUGGUGUGGCUACUUUUGUGCUGCAGGAGGAGUUCGACAGAUACACUGGCUACUGGUGGAGCCCAAAGGCACAGCCAAGUGAGUCACUGAAUGGGGGUAAAGUUCUUCGAAUUCUUUAUGAAGAAAAUGAUGAGUCAGAGGUGGAAAUUAUUCAUGUCACAUCGCCCAUGCUGGAGACAAGAAGAACAGAUUCCUUCCGGUACCCCAAAACUGGUACAGCAAAUCCAAAGGUCACUUUCAAGAUAUCUGAAGUGACAAUCAAUGCGGAAGGCAGAAUUGCAGAUGUUGUGGAUAAAGAGCUAGUUCAGCCGUUCGAGAUCCUCUUUGAAGGAGUAGAGUACAUUGCUAGAGCUGGGUGGACGCCAGAAGGAAAAUAUAUCUGGUCCAUCUUGCUGGAUCGCUCCCAAACUCGACUUCAGAUAGUCUUGAUCCCUCCUGCAUUAUUCAUCCCCACAGAAGAUGAUGCAAUGGAAAGACAGAAACUUAUCGAUGCUGUACCAGAUUCUGUUACACCUUUCAUUAUUUAUGAAGAAACAACAGACAUCUGGAUAAAUAUCCAUGAUAUCUUCUAUGUUUUCCCUCAAACCCAUGAAGAUGAGAUAGAGUUCAUUUUUGCCUCCGAGUGUAAAACAGGAUUCCGGCACCUAUACAAAGUCAUCUCAGUUUUGAAGGAGAGCAAGUAUAAAAGGUCGUGUGGAGGCCUCCCUGGUCCAAGUGACUUCAAGUGCCCUAUCAAAGAGGAGAUAGCGAUUACCAGUGGAGAAUGGGAAGUGCUUGGCAGACACGGAUCCAACAUCUAUGUUGAUGAAACCAAUAAGCUGGUGUACUUUCAAGGCACAAAAGACUCACCUUUAGAGCAUCACUUGUAUGUUGUUAACUACGAGAAUCCUGGAGAAGUAAAGCGGCUGACAGAACGUGGUUACUCUCACGCCUGCUGUGUCAGCCAGGAUUGUGACAUGUUCAUCAGCAAGUACAGUAAUCAGAAGAACCCGCACUGUGUGUCACUUUACCGGCUGACAGGACCUGAAGAUGAUGCAGCUCAUAGAACAAAGGAAUUCUGGGCUACCAUUUUAGAUUCAGCAGGCCCUCUUCCUGAUUACAUUCCCCCAGAAGUCUUCUCCUUUGAGAGCUCCGCGGGGUUUACGCUCUAUGGGAUGAUGUACAAACCUCAUAAUCUGCAACCUGGAAAGAAGUACCCCACUGUGCUCUUCAUCUAUGGAGGGCCUCAGGUACAGCUAGUGAACAAUCGGUUCAAAGGAAUCAAGUAUUUCCGUUUGAAUACUUUGGCCUCUUUAGGCUACGUGGUCGUUGUCAUCGACAACAGGGGGUCCUGCCACCGAGGACUGAAGUUUGAAGGAGCCUUUAAAUACAAAAUGGGACAAAUAGAAAUUGAUGACCAAGUGGAAGGGCUGCAGUAUUUAGCAUCCCAGUAUGACUUCAUUGAUUUGGAACGCGUUGGCAUUCAUGGCUGGUCCUACGGAGGCUACCUCUCUCUUAUGGCUUUAAUGCAGAGGUCAGAUAUCUUCAGGGUUGCCAUUGCCGGAGCACCCGUCACGCUGUGGAUUUUCUAUGACACUGGUUACACAGAGCGUUACAUGGGCCACCCGGAUCACAACGAGCAGGGGUAUUACCUAGGUUCGGUGGCCAUGCAAGCUGAGAAGUUUCCUUCUGAACCAAACCGUUUGCUGCUGCUACAUGGAUUCUUGGAUGAGAAUGUUCACUUUGCACACACUAGUAUUUUGCUCAGCUUUUUAGUCAGAGCUGGGAAACCGUAUGACUUACAGAUCUACCCUCAGGAGAGACACAGUAUAAGGGUACCCGAGUCGGGAGAGCACUAUGAACUCCAUCUACUGUAUUACCUGCAAGAGAAUCUGGGCUCUCGUAUUGCUGCCCUGAAGGCAAUGUAACUGACCUCUGCAGAACUCUGCUGGCUGCUUUACCGAACGAGGAGAUAUAGGAAACUAGAGAAAAUAGGAUGGAACAUUGCAUUUUGGUGCCUGCCACACGUACACGCACGCGUACACACACACACAUACACAGAGACACUUUUUUUAAAAGUAAAUUUGGUGCCAUACAGGAAAUUAAAGUACGGUGACCUAAUAACUUUAAAGCUUAAGCUGUAAAUAAAAUCAAAUGGCUGUGGU